AUGACCGAAUUCAUACGCACCAUUUGGCAAAAUACCGCCAAUACCAAGUCGACGUCAUCAUCUGAUAUGCAACCCGUGGAUCAAAUUUACUUACCUCCUUCAACACCUGCAACUUCAUCUUCAACAAACGGGAUGGAAAAGCAACGUCUUAUUAAACUGGAGCCACCCAUGUCACCAGUCUCGGACUCUGAGAGCCAGUCAGCGAAAGCUCAACGUCUGGCUCGUGUCAAUGCCCGACGUGACAAACGAAAACCAUCGGACAGUGUUGAUGUGGUCCACACCAACAAGAAACUUAAGACAGAAAUGGCGUUAGAUUCCAGUGGCGAAGAACGUCUGCGAGCGAUGGAAGCGCAAUUGGAACAUUUAGAUCCGGAUUCGAAGGAAGCUAAAAAGAAACGACGUCUGAUUCGGAACCGAAUGUCGGCACAACUUCAUCGGGAACGGAAGAAAGCGUACGUGGGUCAAUUAGAAGACCAAUUACAAGCCAAGGAGAAUCAACUUAAGGUGUUACAAGAGCAACUUGCCGCCAUGGCGAUGGAAAGUGAGCAACUGAAGCAGCAACUUCAUCAAAAACAAACCAUGGACAAGGAAAUACAGAUCAAAGCAGAGCCAGUUCCAUUGGAAAAAGCGGCACUUUCGGCUCCAGUGACUGUGUCAGAGGACGGACACCCGCCUGUGGAUUGGGCAGUUUGUCUGGAAGAUGUGGACGAAGCGAUGGUUGGAGAGGACCUUCUCUGUGAUCUGGACGAGUCCCCACUUGCUGCUUAUGGACUGAAUCAUUCUAUUAGUGACGAUCCCGUGUCGACCGCAUUGGCUGCCGAAGAAGAACGGCAGAAGAUCGAGGCACAGACUCAAUCUCAUUAUGAGAUUCAUGCUGCAAAGAAAAAUUUAGCCAUGAUGAUGGCGAUGAUGUUUUCCGUGACAUUUUGUGGACAAGGCGAGUCUGUGGCUAAUGUUACAAGUGGGAGCAAUUUCUCGUCCAUGUUUAAUGCUGUUCCGGUGAAGGAAUUGUCACAAAUGAGUAUUGCAUCACGUAUUGUGGCGUGUCUUGAAAAGACGUCGUGGGAAGAUUUCCAAGAUGUAUCUUCGUGGACGGCCUCGGCCGCUAGUGCCGCUGCUGCUGCUGCUGUUGCGGUGUCGGCGGAGAAGAAGUCACGUUCUUCGCCGACCCAAAAGCCGGCGGACUCGCCGUCUGCAGCAUCUGACGUGACGGACGCGGGAUCGUGCGGAUCUCCGAAGGAACUUGCGGACGUUGGCAUGAGCUUUGACACGGAUCUGAUUGAGGAGUUUGUAUACCCAGUGGACGAACCGUUCGUUCCUGCACUUGCUGACACCAAUUGGUUUGGCACUGACAGUGCCGACUUUGGCCACAGUGACGUCGAAGGCGACGACGAGCCUAUUUCGGAGACCAAGACAAUGUUCAAACCCGUGUCGAUGACCUCGUGCUUGUACGAGAAGCUGACGAAGCUUUGGAACGAGAAAAAUCAGGUGAUUCUGACCGUCUUGAACGGCAAGAACGAGGUAACUCGACGUUCGGUGGCUGAUAUGAGUACAAUCCGCAAGGGAAUGUCUACCCGUGCUCUGUUCCCGACAACAGCUGCCACUGCGGCGACCUUGUCGACCGACAAGCUACUGAAGACGCACGAGCAGUCGGUCACGUUCCUUUACCCGCUGAGCGCGUUCUCGGAGGAUCAGCGCUCGGCUGCUUUUCCUAAUGGUGGUGCCUCCGACCAGGUAUUUCUCGAGGUGUCGUGCCAGAUCAAUGAUGCGGUUAACCCUGUGCUAUAA